AUGCCUCCGAAAGGUGUCUCGACUCGUCUCAACGCGGUUCGCCUACAGACCAUCCCCCAUCUGCGGGUUCGUCGUCCGAACCAACAUGAGCAGAACUCCUGCGUGACAGUGAUGUCCUCCAUGCUGAGCUGCUGGGCUUCUUCCGGAUACGCCGCCGAGGGCUGCGCAGCCCUGGAACAGCAGUUGAGACAAUGCAUGGACGCACCGCGGAUUUUCUCCAUUAUGCAGAAACCCAAGGGCGACAAGAAGAAUACCAUCAACUACCACCUGAUGAGAAUGUAUCCCAAGGUCGUUGGGCCCCAGAAGAGGGAAGGCCGUCUCGGCUAG